UCCAGUCAGACAACGCCGAAGAAGAAGACACGUCACUGAGGUCAGACGGGAGGAAAGAUGGCAAGCACCUAUGAGACUUUUAACUUGCGCACCACGCCGGAGAAGUUUUACAUAGAGGCCUGUGAUGAUGGCACUGUGGAUGUCUUGGCGAUUGACAGGGUGUCAACUGAGAUGACUCUCACAGUGAGGAGGGACAUCCCUGCGUCAGCCGAGACCAGGCCAAUAUGUGGACUCAUGGGGACCAUACGUUUGGUGGCAGGCAUGUACCUCAUUGUCAUCACAAAGAAGAAGAAGGUGGGGGAUUUGCUGGGUCAUGCUGUGUGGAAGGCUCUAGACUUUGACAUCAUCUCUUAUAAGAAGACAAUUCUACACCUGACAGACAGCCAGAUGCAAGACAACAAGACCUUCCUGUCGAUGAUCAGCAACGUGCUUCACACGGACGGCUUCUACUUUGCAACAGACUACGACCUGACACACACACUGCAGCGCCUGGCCAACACAAGCCCGGAGUUUCAGGAGAUGAGUCUACUUGAAAGGGCAGACCAGCGUUUUGUCUGGAAUGGCCACCUACUGAGGGAAUUCAUUGCUCAGCCAGAGUUACACAAGUUUGUGUAUCCUGUUGUCCACGGCUUCAUCAUCAUGAAGUCGAGCUUCAUCAAUGGAAAGAUGUUUGAGUGGACUAUCAUCUCCAGGAGGAGCUGUUUCAGAGCCGGUGUCCGCUACUACGUCAGAGGAAUUGAUUCUGAAGGUCAUGCUGCUAAUUAUGUGGAAACAGAGCAGAUAGUGCAGCACAACAGUGCGAAGGCAUCGUUUGUUCAGACGAGAGGCUCCAUCCCGUUCUAUUGGUCCCAGAGGCCAAAUCUCAAGUACAAACCAAAACCACAGAUCAGCAAAACAGUCAACCAUCUGGAUGGAUUCCAAAGACACUUUGACUCACAGAUUAUUCUCUAUGGAAGACAGGUCAUUUUAAACUUGAUAAACCAAAAGGGCUCAGAAAAACCUCUGGAGCUAUCAUUUGACAAGAUGGUGACUAGCUUGGGCAAUGGCAUGAUCAAGUACAUAGCUUUUGACUUCCAUAAGGAGUGUAGUCGGAUGAGGUGGCACCGCUUGCAGAUGUUAACGGACCAGGUCGCUGAAAUGCAAGAUGAAUUUGGGUACUUCCUGGUGGAUGCAGAUGGGAAGGUGCUGUUGAACCAGGAGGGAACUUUUCGGAGCAACUGCAUGGACUGCCUGGACCGUACCAAUGUCAUCCAGAGCAUGCUGGCUCGACAGUCUCUGCAGUCACAGCUACAGAAAAUGGGAGUCCUGCACAUGGGUCAACAGAUUGAGGAGCAGUUGGACUUUGAGAAGAUGUUCAAAAACGCCUGGGCAGACAAUGCAGAUGCUUGUGCUAAGCAGUAUGCUGGUACUGGUGCCUUGAAGACAGACUUCACAAGGACAGGAAAGAGAACUCAGUGGGGCCUGGUGAUGGACGGCUGGAACUCCAUGAUCCGAUAUUACAAAAACAACUUCUCUGAUGGUUUUAGACAGGAUUCCAUUGAUUUGUUCCUGGGGAACUAUGCUGUGGAUGAAGCGGAUUGGACCACCCAACUCCGUGACCCCAAAGACUGGAAGUUUCUGACGCUGCCUAUCAUUAUGGUUGUGGCAUUCUCCAUGUGCAUCAUCUGUCUACUGAUGGCUGGUGACACGUGGACCGAGACGCUGCCCUAUGUUCUGUUCUGGGGCAUGGCCAGCGUGCUGACGGGCGGCUUCAUCCUGUUUAAUGGACGUGACUUUGUAGAUGCUCCUCGGUUGGUCCAGAAGGAGAAGCUGGACUGAAUGUGUGUGUGUGGAAAGCAGCUAGGCCCUGGCGAGCUCACCGCCUCAUCCACUAGCUCUUCAUCACUUUACCCCCAGCAUCAGCAACAUCGUGUCUGGAGCCUGUACUAACAGAGAGGGGGCGGCAGUGGAGGAGGGCGGCGGGCAGCCGGGGAAGGCCGCGUGUACGACAAAGGUGGAAAGACAGAGACUGGGAGUGCACAGGCCUGCUGCUGUCCACACCGCAGCGAUUAUUAUGUGGGCAGAACUGUCUGUCCACACGUUUUAAUGGACACUGGACUUUUGGAGUUGGUCUGAACUGGAUCUCAUUGUUCCUGUUUUCACAGGAAUGUGGGAUGAAGAAUUCCACGUUUGUCCUCCUGCAUUGGGAUCAGAUAACAGCUGCUGUGAUGACACAGCACAGCUGUAAAUGAUUUACUGUUGAUUUCUCCUUUUGUCUCUUAUAUGUUUACCAUUUGCCAGUAUGUGUUUAUCCACAUACAUUAACUGUGGCCCCUUUUACACCUGACAUUAAAAUGCGUUUUCUGUAAUCGGAUUGCAGUUGGAUAGUGCCUGACCACCUGGAAUUACAUGUGUAAAUACACCCAAGACAUAUUGAGGACAGAUUGUUAUCCGAUCUGCCAAACCAAGUUCCCGAUGCGUCUCCACUCCACCCACAACAACUCCGUGAGAGGAAUUACAUUGGUGGCUCCAAGCACAGCUAACGUGAAAGCAAAACUGAGCAGUCUCCUUAUUGCUUUGGUCAGUUUUCUGCUUGUUGGACAUGACUUAUUCCUCUGCUUUGAAAAAGAAAGAGGAGUCUUUACAAUAGCAUAACUACACGUCACAGGAUGUGACGCUGUGGUCUGCUGCUGGAGAUUUUUAGCAGAAGAAAGGAUUUGUGAAUUUUAUAAAAAUUAUACAUUUUUAUAAAAUAGCGGUGUUGUGGACACUGUCUACUUUCUCUCCACAGCUGACGUGAGAUUCCAUGCAGAACAAUGAGCGAGUAACGUAACGCAAGAAGGAGCAAAUAACGUGAUGCCUGAGAAAUGCAAAUUCCAAGAUCUCUGUCUCACUAAAGAAAAUUACAAAGACUGACUUGGACCAAGAUCCCAAAGGACAAUCACUUUUCCAGCGUGCUGCAAAUCAAUAAAAGUGGACUCCAUGGGCAAAAGUGCCUCUUACAAGUUAAGCUGUGUUAGUACAUUUAAUCCCUGAAUUUGAGCCAAUUGGUCCUGGAAAGUCUGGAAAGAUCUUGACGUGGACGCUGGAGUUAAUAACGCAUGUUAUUACCAGGUGUAAAUGCAUUUGAUGAAGCACUAUCCAGUCACAGAUAACACAUUCUAAUGUCAGGUGUAAAGGAGGCCAACAUUAAACACUGUUUUUAUUGUUAAGACCAGUGACGAGUCAACAAUGUGUCAUGUUCUGAAGGCCUCAAGAAUCCGGGCCUUUGUCAUUUAAAGGUCCAGUGUGUAAGAGUUAGUUUCAUGCUGGAUGCAUGCGGCGGCACAUAACGGCAGCAGCGCUGAUCUGAUUCAUUUCACACAAUUCUGUCCCUCACACCUGUCUCCUGCUCACCUGCUGCUAUGUUUCACAUACGGUUUGCCUUUUGAAUAUAAUAUACAAACCUAAAUAAUCUGUAAUACUUCUCUGUACUCAAGUAGAUGCCAGGACUCUUUUGCAUGAAGCAGCACAUCUGUUGGUGCUGCACAUAUUUCACAAUGAAGCUUUGUUGAGGGGGGAUGGGGGGGAAUGGGUAAACAUGGGGAAAGAAAGAUCAAUUCCACUGUAUAUUUUUGCUUUGAGGCGCGCACACACACACACACACACACACACGCACACAGCCAGUGUUAACGGUCUCAUUAAUUAACAUGUGCCUAAAUGAAAAGAAAGACGUGCCGCAGCAGUUACAAGCCGCACAUGCAUCCAAUGUGAAAAUAGCCAUGGCGACAUCGGGUGGAGAACUGUUCUGCUGCAACAGGGAACUACGGUGGCCCUCACAGACCAUAAAGGAUAUUGUUAUUUUUUCGUUUGCCUUGUCAGCAAACGCACAGAACACACACUCUGGCUGUUGUAAGAAUAGAAAACUAACUUUAUGAUUUAGAAGUCAUUAUACACUUAUACAAUAAUUUUUUGGGGGGUUAGUAUAUUGAGUUUCUGCCAAUAAUAAACUCUCCUAAAUGCUACACUGGACCUUUAAAUGUCAGUCAACAGACAUUCCAAUAGAAAUGAUGUAAUAUUUACUGUAAAGGUGGUUUUAUGCUCCUCUCAAUGUGCCUCAUGCAAAAACUAGUGUAAACAGAUUUGUUGUAUGUGGGAAUGAUGAUCCAGUUUCAUUCACCAUUUUUCUUGUUCGCAGGUCUUUCUCUGACGUACAGUUUAAAUCUUUAAAGCUGAAAAAUGUAGUCUGACACUUAAAAGUAUUAAUGAAAUGAGCUCAAAUUAAAUAUUUAAAUAAAACUGAUUUCUGAGCAUCA